UCUCUGCUUGUUACGGCUCGUUUCCAUGGUGACUAAUGUAAACAAUUGAGGAGUUUUGGACGUGUUUUGGAAACAAAUCUCGGUGAAGUAAAAUGCCACAACAAGGUGCGCAAGAGGGUCAAGCUGACGACCUUUUCAUGGUAUUUGAAGGCUCUUCCGUGGAGGAUGGGUCCCACGCCAGGCAGCUCUGGAAAUCCAUGGCCCUUCAGCCGCCGGUGGAAUCCCGCUUAGCAUCGGCAGACAUCCGCCAACGGCUACCGGUGUCGCGUCCGAAGCGCCGCGGGACCUCCAAGGUUCCCGAUCCGGUCCCACUCACCGUGUGCAGUGAACGGCAGAGAGAGGACGAGCGGCGGCGGUACCAGAUGAUGGCCGACCAGAAGAAGGAGGUCAUGGCGCUGCUGGGGAGACAGAGGCAGCAGAGGAUCCAGAAGGAGCGCCUAUCCGCGGCCGUUAAACCGAAGAAGGAGGUGGUGGAACCACCAGACCCAGAAACAGAGCUGGACAAGGAGCUGGUCAGACAGCUUCCGUAAACAAAUUUAUGAAAAAAAUAAUAAUAAUUGUGACUAAAUAAAUGAACCACCCAACUGUAAUGGGAUGGUUGAAGUUGA